AUGAAUGACAUCGCCUUGGACGCGCUCCUGAACGACCUGCAAGCACUACCACGACGGCUGCACCGCGCGCUGCGUCUGCUGACAGAUUUGGAGGCAAAAAGCAGAGAAUGUGGAGAUGAAGCUCAAAGAUGCAGAGAGAAAUACACAACUUUGGCGAAGGCCAAACUCAGGCUCCACGCCGGCAGCAACUGCUGCAGCACCGCCAGCUGCGGCGGGUGGUUUCAGGUGCCUCAAGGGUUCUACGAGGACCCGGAGCUGCAGGCAGAGGCAGCAGCAGCAGCAGUCAAAGGAAGCGAAGCAAAAGCUCUGCUGCAGGAGAAGGUGGUGGUGGUGACGCAGCUGCUGCGGCUCAUAAAGACAGAAACGGAUCGAUUCAGAGCCACAUUAGCUACGCUAACCAAGCAGCAGCAACAGCAGCAGCAGCAGCAGCAGUUGCUGCUGCAGCAAGAGGGCUUUGACUCGACCGCAGCCACCCCAACCCCACAAAAACACAGACACAGGCAUGCAGCAUCUGCACAUGCUGCUUCUGCUCCUCGUGCUGCUGCAGCUUCUGCUGCUGCUUCUGCUGCUGCUUCUGUUGUUUCUGCUGCUGCAUCGCAUGGCCCCGCCACGCGCCUCCACCCCAACCGCUCUUCUGCCUUCACUCCUUUCUCUUCUUGCUGCACUGCUCCCUUCAGACUUGCAGCAGCUGACGGCAGCAGCAGCAGCAGCAGCAGCAGCAACACCAGCAGGCUCACCCCGAACAGACGUGAAAGCAGCAGGAGCCCUAUCAGCAGCAGCAGCAGCAGCAGCAGCAGCAACGCCAGCAGGCACACCCCGGCCAAACUUGAUGUCAACAGGAGUCCUAUCAGCACCACCAGGACCAGGAGCAGGAGCAGCAGCAGCAGCAGCAGCAGCAGCAGCAGCAGCUACACCCAUAGUGCCGCUGACGCCGGCAGCACUUCCCGCGUUUUAUCGUUAAAAAGAUCGCCUCCUGCAAAUCCUCAACAACAGACAGCAGCAGCAGCAGCAUCCGCAGCAGCAGCAGCAGCAGCAGCAGCAGCAGAUGCAGAUGCAGCAGCAGCAAGCGGAGAUUCAGCAGCAGCAGCAGCUUCUGCUGCUGCUGCGCCUUCCUCGCUCUCCGCCGCCUCCUCCAGGAGCCCUACUCGGCUGCUGCGUCCCCUCAGGAGGCUCUCUCUCCGCAGCAGCAGCAACAACAACGGCGGCAGCAGCAGCAAUACCAGCAGCAGCAGCAGCAGCAGCAGCAGCAACAGCAGCAGCAGCGCGCGUGCAGCAGCAGAUACACCGAGUCGGCCUCUGAAGAGGCUUCGGCCCGCCGCCAGCGGAACCCCCACUAAAACCCCUCCAGCAAAAGAACAAACUGCAGCAGCAGCAGCAUCAGCAGCAGCAGCAACAGCAGCAGCAGAAGCAACGCCAGAAGCAAGAGCAGCGCCAGCAGCAUCGCCAGCAGCGCCAGCAUCGUUAGCUCGAGCAGCAGCGGCAGCAGCGGCAGCGCCAGCAGCACUAGCAGCUGUGGCAGGAGCAGCAGCGGCAGCAGCAGCAGCAGCAGCAGCAGCAGCGCCAGCAGCAACCGCGGCAGCAGCAACAGCCUCAGCGCCAGCAGCAGCAGCGUCAGCACCAGCAGCAGCAGCGGCAGCGUCUGCGCCAGCAGCAGCAGCAGGUCGGAGGCCAAGCGAAGAUCGCCGGCAGCUGAGGCACCAGGGAGAGAAGGACGUUGCAGCAGCAGCAGCAGCAGCAGCAGCAGCAGCAGCAACAGCAGCAACAAGAGCUGCAGCUGCAGCGCCAGCAGCAGUAGUAACGAGAGCAGCAGCAGCCGCAGCAGCAGCAGCGGCAGAAGCAGGUGCAGCAAGUCCAAGAGCAUCAGCAGCAAGAAGAACAUCUGUAACAACCAGAGCAGCAGCAGCAACAGAAGCAGCUGCAGCAACAGAAGCAGCAGCAGCAACAGAAGCAGCUGCAGCAACAGAAACAGCAGCAGCAACAGAAGCAGCUGCAGCAACAGAAGCAGCAGCAGAAACAGAAGCAGCAGCAGCAACAGAAGCAGCAGCAGCAACAGAAGCAGCAGCAGCAACAGAAGCAGCAGCAGCAACAGAAACAGGAGGAGGUUCAGGAGCAGCAGCAGCAGCAGAACCAGCAGCAGCAGCAGCAGAACCAGCAGCAGCAGCAGCAGAGGCAUUGCUGCCUGCUGCUGCUUCUCCCCCACCUCACCCACAAACAGAUGCAGCAGCAAGCGGAAGACGCCUGCGGCCGCGACAGCCGACAGCAGCAGCAAUAGCAGCAGCAGAAGCAAAGGCAGCAGCAGCAGAAGCAGCAGAAGCGAAAGCAGCAGCAGCAGCAAAAGCAAAAGCAGCAGCAGCAGAAGCAAAGGCUGCAGCAGCAGAAGCAAAAGCAGCGGCAGCAGCAAAAGCAAAAGCGGCAGCAGCAGAAGCAAAAGCAGCAGCAGCAGCAGAAGCGAAAGCAGCAGCAGCAGAAGCAAAAGCAGCAGCAGCAGCAGAAGCAAAGG